AUGUUAUCAGUUAUCUUAGUUUAUCUACUUUUUAGCUUAAUACAGAGAAGUAUCUCUUAUAAUCUGAGUCCAUAGGAUGAAAAAAACAUUCCUGUUUUUUAACCAGUCCCAUCUUUAACAAUAGAUACUUCUUUGUUAUGUAAAGAUGGAUAAUCAUAUCAGAUUUAACCAUUUACCCAAUCAUCUAAAAAAUAUGUAGCACUUAGCAUGGCAAAAUGCGGAGUAUAUAUCUUUGAUACUACAAAUUUAAAUAACCCUUAAAUCGUUUUUAAUGACACUCUCGCACUUAAUGGAACAACAUAGGGAAUAACUUACAGCGAUACUACUAAUUUUCUAUGGAUUGGACAUUCGACAGGUUUAUUUUUUGGCAUUGAUACUAAAAUUUGGCCUUUUUCUAUCACAAUAAAAGGAGUAUCUAAAGGUAAUUUAUCAAUAAAUUAGAUAGUACUAUGGCCUCUGGAUAAUAAUGUCCUCUUUUUAAUGUGCUAUACCUAAUUUUAAAUAUUUGAUUUUAGAUAGCCAAGUUAAGGGUUUAUCCAUCUAUAAUCAGUUAUUGUUAAUGGAAUUAAUACCUUAUAAAUUGAGUUUAUUAGAUAAUACUCUUUUGCUUUAGUUACUACAUCAAAUGUAGGAGUUUAGUUUUUUAAAGUUAACAACGGUUAAAAUAUAAGCAGUAUUUCUUUUACUUAUUCCUGUUUUCUAAAGCCUCUCUUUUUUGACGUUGUCAAUUUCUAACUACUUGAUGAGAACACGAUCGCUAUUAUGAUGCAAUAUAGAGGUGCAUAUAUUUUCAAUAUUCAAAAUUUUCUAGAUAGCGGAGGCUAGACUUGUACUUCUACAAUAUUUUAGUAGAUUGAUUUAACUGAAUUUGAAGGAUUAGGUGGUUAAAUGUAUCUUUCUUAAAAUAGAAGAUAUCUCUAUACAUAAUUUAGAUCGUUGGGAGUUUAAGUAUAUGAUGUUCAGAAUAAGACAUUCUAAAUUGUCCAAAGAAUAUUUGUUGAUUCUAGCUCUAAUGAUAUAAAGUUAAGCAGCUCAGAAGAUCUCCUUUAUUAUACAAACUCAUUAACACUGUAAAUUUUUGAAAGGACUACCCCAAAUUUCAACAGAGAUGUUCCAAAUUUAAUGUUGAAUUAGUAUUAACUUAGUUCUUAUAACUUCUACAAAGAAAACCGUAAACAUGGCAGUCUAGAUUACUCUUGCAUUUUCAAUUAGAAUAAGCAAGAACUUUAUAUAGCGAGAGCUGAUUAUGGAUCUGCUGCGUUUAAAUAUUCUGGACAAGGAAUUUUAGAGAGUUUAUCGUUUGUCUAUAGACAAUCAAGUUCGUCAUUUCCAAAUAGUAAAAUUAGUUUUCUCAAAGAUAAUAGCACAGCUUAUCUAACUCGCAUAGGAGCAGGAUUAUCAAUUAUUGAUUUUAGUAAUUCUAGUUCUCCAGUAAUAUUAAAAGAAAAUGUUACUUUAAGUUCUCCUUUUGUUGCAUAUAUCUAUGUUGAUUUCUUCAAAGAUUUUUAAUUUGGAAUUGUUGUUAAUUAUAUAAACGGAUAUAUAAUUUCUAUUAAAGACCCUCUCAAUCCUUUUAUUGUCAGCGUCAUAGAUACAUAUAAGUACACAUAAGGAGAUACUAGCUUUAAUGCAGCCUUUAUAGGUAAAGAUGAAAACAAAAUAUUCAUGAGGCUAGACACUUAUGGAAUUCUAGUAGGAAAUAUUACUGAUCUGUUAAAUCCUUAAAUAGUUUCUUCAUAUUUUUCUUAUGGAACUGCAGAUUUUAAAUUAACUUAAGACUAGUAGUAUGGAAUUUUAGCUGCCACUUUCAAAGGUAUUAUAAUAUUGUAAAAUCAGCCUAAUUAUACUCUAACAGAAUUAUCGCAAUUGAAGAUAGUGGGUUCUCUUCAUCAUAUAAUUUUGAUUUCAAACGACUAGUAUAUUUUAGCUACAACUUAUGAGUAUCCUUCAAUAAUUUUAAUAAGCAUAGUUGAUAUUCUGAAACCUACAAUUGUAUAAAUUAUUGGAGAUUCAGGUGUAUUCGGUUACUAUAGCUUGUGUCUAACGAGUGAUAAUACAUAGGUAUUUAUAACAGGCUAGUAUUUCUUAUAUCUUCUUUAAAUUUAAAAUUAAAUAAUCUUGCAUACUUAAAUUUAUUUAGUAUAAAGCUUAUCUAAUUCUAAUGAAUUUAAGAGAUAAGUCUUACCAAAAGGAUAACCUUUAUAAGUUGGAUAAAAAAUUGAGAUGCAUUUGGUUCCCAUUUAUUAGAGUUAAAGUAUAAGAGUAAAUAGCGCUCAGUAUUAUUUUUAAAACAUUCUUCAAGCUUUACCCUCGUGGAUAAUAUUUUAGCCAGGUACUUAAAUAUUAAGUUUGAGCAUUAGUAAAGAUUCCCUUUAAAAAGAUAGUGAAGGAUAAUAUAUUGACACUAUUUAGUAAGUAGUUUUCUUAACUUACCAGUAGGUAGUAGACUCAGCAUUUGUAAAUAAUUACUUAUAAAUCAACGAUGAAGACUCUCUUUCCAUAAAGGAAGCCUGCAUAAUUAAUGGAAUUAUGGAUUAAAGUGGAUUCGUUUAACCUUCCUAUACUCCAUCUUAAGAAUUAAAUCUUGGAAUAAAUGAAUAAGUUUAUCUAGCAAAAUGGUAAGAUUCGAAUUUAAGUCUUGUUAAGUAAUUUAUAUAGUAUGUUAUAAACUAAAAUAUUAUAAAUUAUACUAUCAGCUUUUAUAUUACUUAAUCCAUUCAAGUUGAUUUAAAAAAUAAGAAUUAAAUAAUAUUUUCUAUUUAAAAUGACAUUACAGUUUAAUUACAAAUUGUUGAAAGAAUUGAUGGGGGAUAUACUCUACCUACAAACAAGAUUAAAUUUGUCAAUAAAAGCUAUCCAAGUGUACUUAUUCUAAUCUCUUCUGCCUAAGAUUAGCUUAAACUCGAGGGUAGCCUUAAUAAUAUAAAUAGCAUCUUAUAAAACGGUGUGAAGUAUUCAAUUAGCAACAAUAUUUCAUCUGAAGAUAUAUUAAUUUAAAUGACAGUUUCUGAUGGAGUUAACUAUGAUUAUAUCAAUACCUUUUCUUAUAAAGACCUGAUUUUUUUAUCUUUAUAAACUCCUGUUACUCUUUCAAAAGACAUUAAUUUAUAAAGCGACUUUAACUCUAAAUAUGAUAGUGGAAAAAUUUACAUUUAUGACAGUUUUUAGUAUCAAAUAAGUAGUUCAGUCUUUACAUGUAAUGAUUCACCUAUUUUACAGUACUCAGUUUAGAUAAAAUAACAAAACAAAUUUGUUGAUAUUCCUAAAGGUUAUUGGAUUUAAUUCUCUCCUACAGAAAGAGUGUUAACUGGUAAUCCCCCGGUUUCUUAUUUCAACAAUUUUGUUGUGAUCUAAGUUAAUGCUACAGAUGGUUACACUUAUAGCGUUGAUCAAUUUACCAUAAAUCCAUGCAUGAUACCUUUCAGUUUAGCUAUUCAGUUAGCUAUUUAAAUUCUUGGACCUAUAUUUGGUAUACUCGGAUUGUAUAAGUAUAAGCAUUUGAUCUAUAAUAUAUAUUUUAAAUAAUAAUAUAUCUACUCUAAAGAUGUUGCCUAUGUAGGAGAAAUAUAUUAAAAAUAAAUAACAAUAACUAAUGAUGUUAGAGGUUUAGCAAAGAAAUUAUGGAUAUUUUUCUAAAAAACAAUAGGAGAGAAAGAGAUUUUGAGUUAAUUAUCUAUGUAUUUAAUGAAGGAAAAUUAGACAACAAGCUACAAAUACUUUAAUCCUAAAAAUACAGAAUAGGAUUUAAAAAAUAUAGAAGAAGAAGACUAUAUUAGUUUUGAAGAAGAGGUUAUUAAUAAAAUGUACCCUUUUGGAGUAAAUAAAGAUGAAAUAGCAAUAGUUGAUAGAAAAUCUAAAAAUAUUAUGAUGUAAAGUUCUUAAAAGUUUAAUCCAACUUUAAAAAGAGGAUUAUCAGUAAGCAAGGCUAUUAACUAAAAUGAAAAUAGCCAAAAAUUAGAAAGUUCUCACCCAAAUAUGUAAACAAAUACAAUAAAUUUUCAAAAAAAUAAUUAGAUUGAAUAAAAUCAAAAUCAUUUUAGGACAACGAAAUAUGAAAUAAAAUAGAAAAGUAAAUUAGUUAAUUAAAAUGUAAACUCUAAAUCUGUUGCUGAUUGCAUAAGAUGUGAGCUAUUAGAAAUGUCAAGCUUGCACAUUAAAAUGGAGUAAAGCAACAUAAAUGAUCAUGCACAAAAUGAAAUUAAUCUAUUCGAAAAUGGGGAAAUCAACUUUUUAUCAAUUUUAUAAUUCAUAAAAUAAAAAUAAGAAAAUCUUAAUGAAAAAAAUAGAAUUCUCAAUAAAAAGUAGUUAGAAUCUCUUUUAAUAAGAAAUUCUUUAUUAUCAUAAGCUGUUUGCUGCUAUUUUGUAGACUACUUAAUAGAAAAAGAUAAAAUUACUAAAAAAAUUUUUGAAUGUAUGCAGAGUAAAGCUUGUUAGUAUUAUUUAGAAAUAGAUUGGUAUAAAGCAUAUGUUGACAUAAAACCUUCUUUUGAUAACUUAAAUUCCUAUCCUGAAAUGAAUAUUAAUGAAAAGACAUAUUCUGCUUCUCUUAGAGAAAUUUUUAGCUCUAUUUCAAAAUAUUAUUAUGAUCCAAAUACUAAAAAUCCUAAGGAAAUAAAAUUUUUUUAAGAUUUACUGAAAGAAGCUAUUAAAUCAAGAGCCAUAGGGUUCUCUAGCAAAUCUACUAAAUUCUUAUAAGUGACUUAAGGAGAGAGCUUACAUACAUAUAGCCAUCUAAUAUAGUCAGUUUAGACAUUCGAAUAAAGCUCUUAUACCUUAUGUUGCUAUACUUUGCGUAAGCUUCUAGACAUCCAUUAUUUAGAAAAAGGAUUAGCAGAUAAUGAUAAACUGCCUUCAUGGAUUCAUUCUAUAGAUUUAAUUAAUGGAGUUAUAUUAAUUAGUGGAAUUCCAGAAAAAAAAGAUAUUGGAAGCAUAUUAAUUAAAGUUAUAGAUUCUUCUAAGUUCAUAGUUAAAAGCUUUGAAAUCCAGGUUCUUUAAAAAUAAACAGAAAAUAAUUAUGAAAAAAUUAUUUAAACACAUGGUUAAAAUCAUGCUUAGUUUUCAAAUAUUUAAAAUAAUUCAGAUUAAUCAUAAUUUAAUUAGUAAAAAAUAUUUUAAAAAAUGAGAUAAAAGAAAGCUUCUACCUUUGCUAAAAAUGCAAAUGCUCAUUUUGAAGUAUCAUUAACCUCAUCAUAUUAAAUAAAUGAUACUAAUCAAUUCAGUGGAAUAAGUUUUCCUUGCUCUCCAAUAAAUCAAAAUAAAUAUGCAGAAUUAGACGAAUAACUCUUAUAAUUGGAUGUAUAAGAGAUCGAAUUAAAAUCUAUGAACAGUGCAUAACAAAAUAUAGAAUAAAGAAAACCAUAGUUAGUUAAAUCUUUAAAAUAAUCUGAUUUUACAAUAAAUACCAAUCAACAAGCAAAUACGGAAUUUGUUGAAAAUUCUAUUUUGAUGCUAAAUACAAUGAGUUUUUAAACUUAAGAGAAAGAUAAUCAAAGGAUAAAUAAUAUUUAAAAAAUUAAAAAAUAGUUUUAAGAUAUUUGUUGA